UCGAAUGUGGCUCCCAGAACACCCGAGGCCAAACUGGACCACAAUUCCAGAAAGGAAAGUUUACUCAGUAAAAUCCUGAGGGUCCCAAAGAGGCCUCCGUUCUCUGCAGUCAGGAGCCUCAUAAAUUCCCCUUUACGAGAGGAUUUUUCAUCUCCGGGACAACUGAGUCCUCAGGAAAAUCCUGUCCUUUCAGAAAUUUACAGAGAAAACACAACUGUAGAGAACACUACUGCACAAAAUGUCUUUGCAGAAAAUAUUUUUACAGGAAACACUAGUGUGCCAGAACAAACCGCCCCUGAAUUCACAAGCCUUAAGAAUCUUUCCACGGCUCAUUCUACCGUUACUGCAGACCGCUCCGUGCCCACCGCUGAAGGAACCAAUGAUACGCAAUGGGAAUCCCACCCUGUGGGCACUGGCCUGCCCUCAAAGGCCACAGGCUUCACCGAGUCCAACCUCUCGUCCCCAGGUGAUCUGUUUGAAAUUCAGUUAAACCAGCAGCUAGGGGCCCUCAUCCCCAACAAUGACGUGAGAAGGCUCAUUUCUCAUGUUGUCCGGACCUUGAAAAUGGACUGCUCUGAGACCCACGUGCGGCUGGCCUGUGCCAAGCUCAUCUCCAGAACAGGGCUCCUGAUGAAGCUUCUCAGCGAGCAGCAAGAGCUAAAGGUGUCCAAGGCAGAGUGGGAUACGGAUCAAUGGAAAAAUGAGAACUAUAUCAAUGAGAGC